AUGCGUUACUCUUACACUCUCAUUGCCUUUGCCGCUACGGCUCUGGCUCUUCCCACUGCCAAGCCUGCAGAUGAUGGCUCUUGGCAACCUGGCAAAUACGAGGGCGGUGAUACCGGCAAGGAUGACGGAAAGUGGUCUCCUGGAAAGUAUGAGGGUCCUGGAACCAGCUUCGACGACGGCCAAUACCAUGCCAAGGAGAAGCGUGAGGACGAUGGCAGCUGGUCUCCUGGCAAAUACGAGGGUGGUGACACCGGCCGUGAUGAUGGCAAGUGGGAAGCUGGCAAAUAUGAAGGCGGAGAGACUGGCUUCGACGAUGGUCAAUACCACCCCGAGAAGGACAGCAAGAAGGAGAAGCGUGAGGAUGACGGCAAAUGGUAUCCUGGAAAGUAUGAGGGUAAGCCUCAGACCAAGUACGAUGACGGAAAAUGGUACCCCGGAAAGUACCCUGGCAAGGAGUAA